GUCGAUUGCAGAACUGACCACAAACUUGACUUUUCCGCCGAAUCUACGCAAAGCGCAGAGCGUGGCGGCAAUCGGCGCAGCAGCCUACGUGUGUGUGUUCGCAGAUUCGGCGGGAGAAUGAACUCUGGGUAAGUCAGCUCUGUAGUCGAUCCCCUGCCCCAGGACAGCAGGGAGCUCGCGCGACUGGAGGUGCCGAUCGAGCUCGCGGUCCGCAACCUGGUCCACAGAGGCAUGGACCGAGACGGCAACGCUGGCGUACUCUUCGAGCGGAUGGGCCAGGCGAUGCUGCGGUGCAGCGUGGUGGGGCCAGCCGACCCACAGGAGGAGCAGGAGGCGGCCGCCCGGAGGCGGGCGCUCUCGCGGCAGCUGCUGGAGCGGGCGCGGCCGUUGGUGGAGGAGUGCACGCGCAACAGGGAGGCCGACCUCACGCACAUCUCGGGGCUGAUCAGGACGGAGCUGCAGCUGUUGGACCAACAGGACGCGGCGUACAGGAAGAAGCUGGGUGCAUCGACGCCCAGCGUCGCGGCCUUGCCGUAGGUAGGACGCGAGCGCCGUGGUUCGCCUCCUUCCUCCUCCUGCUCGCCCUCUUCCGAGCCCCCUCCCCCUGCUCUCCCGAUGGGCUGCGCGCGGCACGCCGAGCUCCCUCCCCCUGCCCUCCCGGUGGGCCGCGCGGCACGCCGGGCUCCGACCGAGCUCCGUUCCCCCAGUUUCCGCCACAGCCGGUUCCGCACAGUGCGCUUCUGACUCCUCCCAGCGCGCCCCUGGCUCCUCCCGUCCUUUUCCCCGGCAAGGCCGGAGGAGAAGAAAGGCAUCCCUACCGCCGCGCUCGCUUCUUCUGCA